CAUUCCACUCGGCUUUAGAGUCAAGCGUGGGUCGAGAACAACCUACCAGCAGCUCAUGACUCUGGUUAUGGAAGGUUCCCGGUAAUGGAUCCGAAGUUAAUCAGCUCAUCUUCAGACACAUAAGAGGUUUCAAAAUGACUGACACAAGGGCAAGCUCGACUUACCAGUGCCUUCCCCGGCUACAGUCGUUGGCUCAUUCUGAGGUCACAAAUGUUGCUGCAAGGCGUCGUCUUUCUAGCUGUCCACCUCGGCGUCACUGCUGCAGGUCCUCUAUCCAAGAGAGCUGCGCCUACCGUGACGCUUGAUAGCGCUACCGUAACAGGAUCCACUAGUGGUUCAGUGUCUCAGUUCUUGGGUAUACCCUUCGCGCAACCUCCCGUUGGAAAUUUGCGUUUCCAGCUACCUCAAACCUUGCCUGCAUACAAUCAGAGCUUUGACGCAACUGCCUUUGGGCCUGCCUGUCCUCAGCAAGCCAUCACGCUGCCAAUCCCCCCUGGUCUAGCCUCUGAGACUAUCGACUACAUCACAAAUUCCAUUUACCAAGUCAUUACUCCAAGCUCUGAGGAUUGUCUUAGUCUUAAUGUUUACACGCCUGCCAACGCAGCACCCGAUUCAAAACUGCCUGUUGUUGUGUGGAUCUUCGGAGGUGGAUUCGAGCUAGGAGGUCCCUCGAUUUAUGGUGGCGGCACGAUCGUAAACAGGGCGUUGGAUUUGAACGAACCCGUGGUUUAUGUCAGUAUAAACUACCGUGUGACUGCUUUCGGUUUCCUGGCCAGUCAAGAAGUGAAAGAUGCGGGAGUAGGGAAUCUCGGUCUGCAAGAUCAACGUGAAGCUUUACGAUGGGUCCAAAAGUAUAUCGGUGCAUUCGGAGGUGACCCCACCAAAGUUACUAUCUGGGGCGAGAGUGCUGGAGCAAUAUCUGUUGCACUCCAAAUGGUCACCAACGGCGGUAAUACCGAAGGUCUAUUCCGUGGAGGCUUCAUGGAGUCUGGAUCUCCCAUUCCUGUCGGCGACAUCACUCACGGACAGCCAUACUAUGAUGCUAUAGUUAACCAGACAGGUUGUUCCACUGCAUCGGAUACUUUAGACUGUCUUCGUGGAGUUCCUUAUGACACCUUGAUGGACGCAGUCAACAAUUCGCCCUUUAUCUUCUCCUACCAAUCCCUUAUACUGGCAUGGCUGCCUCGGGUUGAUGGGGUAUUCCUGACUGAGGACCCUCAGAUAUUGGUACAACAAGGAUCAGUAGCGGAUAUACCGUUCAUAAAUGGCGACUGUGACGAUGAAGGAACUCUAUUCUCCCUCUCCACUACAAAUGUCACGACUGAUGAUCAACUGGAAGAAUAUCUUCAAACGUACUGGUUACCGGAUGCCUCCAGUGAUAUCAUCGACGAGUUGAUGCAAUACUAUCCCGACGACAUUACACAAGGAUCGCCAUUCAACACCUCCAUUCUGAAUGCACUGACACCCCAAUUCAAGCGCAUCGCCGCAUUCCAAGGAGAUGCCGUCUUCCAAGCACCCCGUCGCUUCUUCUUGCAACAGCGUUCGGGAUUACAGAGCACAUGGUCUUUCCUGAGCAAGCGUCUCAAGGAUGUACCUUUCCUAGGCUCUUUCCACGCAUCCGACAUUCUCGACGUAUACGGCCCAAGCGACAUGACAGACUAUCUCAUCAACUUUGUGACCAACCUCGAUCCUAACGGAGCGACAGGCAUAAGUUGGCCACAAUAUACCACCGCCGCACCCAACCUCAUGACCUUCAUGGAUGGGCUUCCCUCACUGGAAAUCACUCAGGAUACCUACCGAGAGGCUGCUAUGACUUAUUUGACGAACGUGACGCUGCAAUACCCUAUUUAACGGUUGACAUAUCUAUCCGGUUAGGUUGUCUUGUCUUUUUCACAAUCCCAAUGUAUAUCGCGGAUCUGUUGUAGCUUUUUAUGACUUAUGAAUAUAUAAAAUACUUGCAUUGCUGUC